CCGAGUUGACCCUCCGUUCGCUUACCUCUCCUACUUGCUCGCUCGCUCUCUCACUCACUGUCCGCGCACGGGACGACGGGUUGCUGAUACGCUACUGGGAAACGAUAGUGGCGCGUUCAACCUCUUCCACCCAUGAGCAAUGUCGGCCAGCAGAUGGCCUCUGGCGCCCUCUCCGGCUUUGCGUCCACCGUCUGCCUCCAGCCUUUCGACCUGCUGAAGACGCGACUGCAACAGUCUGAUGGUCGGUCAAAGACGCCACACCGCCCCGCCGUCCUCAUCGACACCAUACGCCAGGUCCUCGCCGAACGAGGUCCGCUUGGCUUGUGGCGAGGGACAGGCGCGACAUUGAUACGCAACGUUCCCGGCGUCGCCCUCUACAUGACCGGCCUCACCCAGCUGCGCUCCCUCAUGGCCCGCGCGCCCCUCUUCUCCGUCUUCCAGAUUCCCGUCGCAGACGGCGUCGUGCUCGACGGCAGGAAGCGCACCUCCGUCCUCCCCAAACUGACCCCCACGGGCAACCUCCUCGCCGGCGCCACCGCCCGCGUCGCCGUCGGGUUUCUGCUCAACCCCUUCUCGGUGCUCAAGGCGCGGUUCGAGUCCUCCACCCACCCCACCACCCACCUCCCCCUCCUCCCCGCCCUGACGCGCCUCCUCCGCGCCGGGCCCCGCGAGUGCCUGCGCGGCUUCCUCCCCUCCGCGCUGCGCGACGCGCCGUACGCGGGGUUGUUCGUGGGCGCGUAUGAGGCGGGGAAGCGGUGGGGGGCCACCCUCGCGCCCCCCGGCACACCGGCCGGCAUGAUCCACAGCGCGAGCACCGCCGCGAUCAUCAACAGCGCGAGCGCGGCGGCCGCGGGCGCACUAGCGACACUGGCGACGCACCCGUUCGACGUGGUGAAGACCAAAAUCCAAGUCCGCGAAGAGGCCCGCUACCGCGGCUUCUGGCGCACGUGCGCGACGGUGUGGGAGCACCGCGGCCCCCUCGGCUUCUUCGACGGCGUGUCGCUCCGGCUCUCGCGCAAGGUCCUCUCCUCCGUCAUCGGUUGGGCCGUGUACGAGGGCGUGCUCCUGUUUAUUCACGAUCAGGGGGUGGCUGCCAAGCUGCUUUGAUUCGGCGGGUGAGGGAGGGAGGGGAGGGAAGUGGAGAGGGGAUGGAAGAGGGGAGGGGAGGGGUGAGGAUUGGGUGAGGAGCAAGGGGCGAUGCAGGGGAGGGAGCGGAGCAAGGGGCGAUGCAGGCGAGCAGAGGAGUGCGCGAGGUGGAUGCGGGAGAUGGUCAGGAGAAGAGUGGAGACAGUCGCACGACGUACCCACGGACAAGCCAUCACUCACCACACGGCUCACCGCGCUUGUAGCCCUAGUCAAUCUCACCUCACUGCUUUGCUUGCAUCUAUGCCUCACCUCACCUCAUUGCUUUGCUUGCAUCCAUUUUGCUUUGCUUGCAUCCAUUUUGCUUGCAUCUAUCCUGCUUGAUGCGCCUCAACUUGCAACCUCGCGACCGUCCACUUUAG